UGCAACAGAUUGCUCACGCAGCCGAGUACACAUGUUCUAUUAUCCACAACAAAGGUUACAUGUGCCCACACACACACACGUGAGCUGUUUUUUUUUUUCGGGCAGGUUUUUCAAUUCCCGAGUCUCAAAUCUCGGGUCCGAGGCGGCGUGGGCCCAGUUCUGGGACGGUGCUAUUUCCGUGGGAUCAAUAUAAGGGCGCAUGGUGUUUACAAACAUAACCAAAAGUGCUGAAGUGUCCGCUGGAAACGCAUAAAUAUUGCACCUUUCGUUUAAAAUCAACAAGUCGACAACAUGACGAGCUUAGAGCUGGACCUCAAUCAAUCGCUGGACCUGAGGAUAGCCCAGUUCAAAAACGAUGCGGAUAAGAUGCGUGACGUGAACGAUUUCCUGGGCGACCUUUUCGAUAAGGCCCAGAAGGAAGCGGAAAAACGAAACGGUAGCGCGAAACAAAAGGGCAAACUGGAUGCUUUAGGAUUACAAAAUGGAACAAAAAAAAUCGAAGCCUGGUCGAACCGCGCUAGAACGUCUGCAAGAACUUUUGCAUCCAGAAUUUUUACCACAAUUUGCAAUUGUACCAAUACAGUGCGGAGUACUCUUAUUACUCGCAACAAUAGUCAUUAGGAAGUACCUGAAGGGAACCAGCAAUACAUAGUAUGUUUUAAUCGGUGUUAAAAGAUGUUUCUAUCCGUAUAACGCUCUAAAGACCAAUAAUUGUCCCGGAGAUAUACGUAACGUUGAUGUGUGGAAUUAUACUUAUUCCAUUGUUGUUAUAACAUCGUCUCGAGUUAUCGCGAAACAGGGUGAAUAAUUCAAAAAAUGCAAUAACGUCAAAUCGAAUUUUAUGUUAAUAAUAAAAUUUCGAUUUUAUGAUACGUUUUAGUAAGGGAUUCAAGCAGUAUUUUCGAGAUUUCUUCCAUAACAUUCAGAGACGAGUGUUUCGUGUAUCUAUGUGAAAUAUUUUUAAACAGAGUUUGUUAAUUUUAAUGUAUAUUGUGUUUAAGUUUAUUUUUAUUUUAUACUGCAGGAUUUUUUACCUCGACAAUCAAAAUUGAAUCAUUCUACACUCACAUAUAAUUCCUAAUUACUUCUAUUAAAAGACUUAUACUUUAAGAACUAGUGAAAAGAUUAUCACUAUGCACACUAAUAAGAGUUGACAGUAAUUUUAUAUGUAAAUUUAUAAAAACAAAAUUAUUUUCACUACAUGUUUCAUUACAUUCUUCAUUUUGAACCUGUACAACUCAUCUUCCAACCAUAAAAUAUUUAGAUACUGGCAAAUAACUUUCCAUUGUCUUUAAUUGCGUGUCUAUAUUCUUCCACCAAUAUUUUACUGGAAAAUGUUACUCAUACUGAAACUUUAUGAACAGCAAAAAAUUAAUAAAAA